CAGCAGGUGGCGAUAUGUGUCUUUCAGGCGACAUUUCUAGUGUGACGUAUAUUCUAGUGGACUGAACUCGUCAUCAACAACUGCAGCCACCUCGGUAGCUCGCUAGGCAACAAAGUCGUAAACAUUCAAGUUCUUUAGACAAUUUUCGUUAUUUUAAUUUUGCAACAAUGUUUUAACAUUCACACUUCUGUGGAAAGAACUAGUCAAUAGCUAAUUUUAAUUUCGUAUUGACGUCGUUGUUGCUGUUAGUCAGUUAGUCAGUUAGCUGUCUGGUUAAGUUAGCUCUAGCAGAGUCGCUAAUGCUAACUAGCUAGCUAACAUCCCCCCUGAACAUGAGUUUACUGAGAUACACUGAGAAAGGAAGAAAGCUCAUGGAAGAGGAGACUGUUACCGUCAAACAAGAAGUAGAAGAAGGUGAGGCUGUUACAGUGAAAGAAGAAAAGGAAGAAGCUUUCAGCGUGAAAGAGGAAGAGGAUGUUACAGUGAAGGAAGAAAAGGAUGCAGUUUUUGUAGUGAAGGAGGAGGAGGAGGAGGGGGAGAUGACUGUCACAGUGAAAGAAGAGGAAGACGUUUUUGGAUUGAAGGAUGAAGAGGGGGAGAUUACUGUCACAUUAGAGGAGGACGAAGAAGAGAAGACUGGAGAACUGAUUAACACCAGUAAAUACAGAGAUAGACCAGACUCUCACUCUGACGGCAGGAAGAGUCCUUCAGGGGAACCAGACCCAGAGACGCCCAAACCAGCGAGACGACACCACUGCUUCCAGUGUAAUAUGAGUUUUAAGUGGUCAUGGAAGCUGAAAGAGCAUAAAAGGACACACAUAGGAGAAAAGCCCUUCCAAUGCUCCCAGUGUGGAAAGAGUUUUACUUUGUUAGGGAGCCUGAAAAAACAUAAGAGAAUACACACAGGAGAAAAGCCUUAUCAUUGCUCCCAAUGUGGAAAUAGUUUUAUGUGGUUAGGGAGCCUGAACAAACAUAAGCGAAUACACUCUGGAGAGAAGCCUUACCCCUGUUCCCAUUGUGGAAAGAAUUUUCGAUUGUUAGAUACUCUGAAGGAGCAUGAGAGGACACACACAGGGGAGAAACCUUACCAUUGCUCCGAGUGUGGAAAUAGUUUUACCCAGUUAGGAAACCUAAACAAACACAAGAAAAUACACUCUGGAGAGAAACCGUACCCCUGUUCCCAUUGUGGAAAGAAUUUUAGGUUGUUAGAUAAUCUGAAAGAGCAUGAGAGGACACACACAGGAGAGAAACCUUUCCAAUGCUCCCAGUGUGGAAAGGAUUUUACCCAGUUAGGGAACCUAAAAAAGCAUGAGAUAAUACACUCUAGAGAUAAGCCUUACCACUGCUCCCAUUGUGAAAAGAGAUUUACCCAGUUAGGGAGCCUGAACAAACAUAAGAGAAUACACUCUGGAGAGAAACCGUACCCCUGUUCCCAUUGUGGAAAGAAUUUUAGGUUGUUAGAUAAUCUGAAAGAACAUGAGAGGACACACACAGGGCAGAAACCUUACCAUUGCGCCCAGUGUGGAAAGGAUUUUACCAAGUUAGGGAACCUAAAAGAGCAUGAGAGAAUACACUCUGGAGAGACACCUUAUCACUGCUCCCAUUGUGGAAAGAGUUUUAUCCAGUUAGGAAACCUGAACAAACAUCAGAUAAUACACUCUGGAGAGAAGCCUUACCCCUGUUCCCAGUGUGGAAAGAGUUUUACCCAGUUAGGGAACUUAAACAAACAUAAGAGAAUACACUCUGCAGAGAAGCCUUAACAUUGUUCCAAGUUAGGGAUCUUGAAAAGGCAUGAGAACAUAAACACACUGUUUGGAAAGCGUUUUAGUUAGGGAACCUAAUUUUGGAAAGACAUUUUCCCCGGACAGAGGACCUGAAAUCACAUGAGAGAAUAGACAGGCUGUGUUCUGACUUGUGUUUUUUUUGUUUGUUUGUUGAUGCCACAUUAAAUCAUAUUGUUUAUAUAAAAUCUCCCCCCCCAAAAAAUAGGCCUCUACUUUAGUUUUUUCCUUUUGAGACAUGAUUACAAUUACAAUAAAGUUACAUUUUAAAAAUGUGUAUUUUAUUUUGAUUAUGGAUUUGAAUCGAUUGAAUAGAAAUUUAAAACACAUAGAUUUUAAUGAUGUUGGAAAAGUUGUUAAAAUUGUAAUUAUUAAAUGGAUCGGCAUAAACAACCAUUUUAAAAUUUAAAAACAGGUUCUCUGGCAGAAAAUGCGUAUCACCUAAUUUACAAUGAGGGAUUUACUUUGCUUUGCUCAAUUAAAGCGGUUAACCCUAUGCUUGUGUUGGUUGCAAGAGCAGUAAGCUGCUUGUGUUUUCCUGCUUGGCAGAGAUCUCAGGAAAAAGUAACCAAAUGUGAACCCACAAACCCAAAUCACAUAAGAAGUACAUGGCGUGUCUCACGAUCGAUUUUGUCCGUCACGAAUUUAGUAUGUUCGCUGUGACAAAAGUUGAUAUUAUUUUUGUAGAUUUGUGUUAUUCCACUAAGUUGUAUCUAGCGCUGCAGUGAGUGGAGUGGGGGGGACGGACGGACGGACGGACCUCUGUGAUGCUGCUCUCUCUAAGUGAGAGAGGUGGGCACUUUGACAGAGUCCAACAUUGUGUUCGAGGGGUUUAGGAACUUUUAGAAAUGUGCCAAUAUUCUUCCCCCUGCAAGACUGUUGAUUCGAGUCCUCCUGACUCGAGAUACACUUCUGUAAAGAACUGCAAUACUGCAGGAUGAUAAUGAGACUGCAAUUCUGCCAUCUGAAGGAUGAUAAUGAGACUGCAAUACUGCCAUCUGUAGGAUGAUAAUGAGACUGCAAUACUGCCAUCUGUAGGAUGAUAAUGAGACUGCAAUACUGCCAUCUGUAGGAUGAUAAGGAGGGUGCAAUACUGCCAUCUGCAGGAUGAUAAUGAGGGUGCAACCUGUAAAUAUACCAUAUUCUUUCCACAAUAUGGUCAUUAGUCAAUAUCAACGUUGUCGGCCCUACAUUUAGGUGUCCCUGUAAUAUAGUCUAUAUAAUAUGGUCAUUUAGGUGUCCCUGUAAUAUAGUCUAUAUAAUAUGGUCAUUAGGCAAUAGCACUGUGUCCCUGUAAUAUAGUCUAUAUAAUAUGGUCAUUAGGCAAUAGCACUGUGUCCCUGUAAUAUAGUCUAUACAUUAUGGUCAUUAGGCAAUAGCACUGUGUUUGUGUGCAAGGCUGAAGAAAGAGAUAGUUCCUUAUUCAAUUCAUUCUUCAGUAAAUUUAGGAUUUUAAUUUCCUGAUCAGCAUUUUGUACCGGAGAAACUGUUUUAAAAAAAAAAUGGAAACGGUCUCUUAUGUUCGUAAGCAUAGACCCAGUGUGUAUUUCUUAAUUCUAAACCUCAUGAAUUUAGUAAAAAUGUUGGUUUCAUUGAAUUAAAUUCGUGCACUAAGGGGGGGACCUCUAUUCAGUCUGUAAUGCUGAAGUGUCACAGGUUCUGCUAUGGAAAAAUGUUAAAGGUAAUUUCGCAUUGAGCCGACACGUACAGGGUUAACCUUGAAUGCAGUGUCCGCUAAAGCCCAGGAACAUUCCCUUUAAAAUUUCAAUCACACUGUAAAGCUGAAUUUAGGCGUAGUGGAUUGAAUAGAGCCCCUAGUCUUCACGCUAAAGUUGUAUGAAAAUGUGAUGACGUUCUGAUAACGAUGAUAAGUUGUUGAAAAAAACAUUUCCUAGCUACUUCAUGAGUGUUGCCCAUCAGUAUUAUUAAAACAUUUCCUAGCUACUUCAUGAAUGUUCCCAUCGGUAUUAUUAAAACAUUUCCUAGCUACUUCAUGAAUGUUCCCAUCAGUAUUAUUAAAACAUUUCCUAGCUACUUCAUGAAUGUUCCCCAUCGGUAUUAUUAAAACAUUUCCUAGCUACUUCAUGAGUGUUCCCCAUCGGUAUUAUUAAAACAUUUCCUAGCUACUUCAUGAAUGUCCCCCAUCGGUAUUAUUAAAACAUUUCCUAGCUACUUCAUGAAUGUUCCCAUCAGUAUUAUUAAAACAUUUCCUAGCUACUUCAUGAAUGUUCCAUCGGUAUUAUUAAAACAUUUCCUAGCUACUUCAUGAAUGUUCCUAUCUGUAUUAUUAAAACAAUUCCUAGCUACUUCAUGAAUGUUCCCAUCGGUAUUAUUAAAACAAUUCCUAGCUACUUCAUGAGUGUUCCCCAUCGGUAUUAUUAAAACAAUUCCUAGCUACUUCAUGAAUGUUCCAUCGGUAUUAUUAAAACAUUUCCUAGCUACUUCAUGAAUGUUCUCAUCUAUAUUAUUAAAACAUUUCCUAGCUACUUCAUGAAUGUUCUCAUCUAUAUUAUUAAAACAUUUCCUAGCUACAUCAUGAGUGUUUCCCAUCAGUAUUAUUAAAACAUUUCCUAGCUACUUCAUGAGUGUUUCCCAUCAGUAUUAUUAAAACAUUUCCUAGCUACUUCAUGAAUGUUCCCAUCGGUUUUUAUUAAAACAUUUCCUAGCUACUUCAUGAAUGUUCCUAUCUGUAUUAUUAAAACAAUUCCUAGCUACUUCAUGAAUGUUCCCAUCGGUAUUAUUAAAACAAUUCCUAGCUACUUCAUGAAUGUUCCAUCGGUAUUAUUAAAACAUUUCCUAGCUACUUCAUGAAUGUUCUCAUCUAUAUUAUUAAAACAUUUCCUAGCUACUUCAUGAAUGUUCUCAUCUAUAUUAUUAAAACAUUUCCUAGCUACAUCAUGAGUGUUUCCCAUCAGUAUUAUUAAAACAUUUCCUAGCUACUUCAUGAGUGUUUCCCAUCAGUAUUAUUAAAACAUUUCCUAGCUACUUCAUGAAUGUUCCCAUCGGUUUUUAUUAAAACAUUUCCUAGCUACUUCAUGAAUGUUCCUAUCUGUAUUAUUAAAACAAUUCCUAGCUACUUCAUGAAUGUUCCCAUCGGUAUUAUUAAAACAAUUCCUAGCUACUUCAUGAGUGUUCCCCAUCGGUAUUAUUAAAACAAUUCCUAGCUACUUCAUGAAUGUUCCAUCGGUAUUAUUAAAACAUUUCCUAGCUACUUCAUGAAUGUUCUCAUCUAUAUUAUUAAAACAUUUCCUAGCUACUUCAUGAAUGUUCUCAUCUAUAUUAUUAAAACAUUUCCUAGCUACAUCAUGAGUGUUUCCCAUCAGUAUUAUUAAAACAUUUCCUAGCUACUUCAUGAGUGUUUCCCAUCAGUAUUAUUAAAACAUUUCCUAGCUACUUCAUGAAUGUUCCCAUCGGUUUUUAUUAAAACAUUUCCUAGCUACUUCAUGAGUGUUCCCCAUCGGUAUUAUUAAAACAUUUCCUAGCUACUUCAUGAAUGUUCCCCAUCGGUAUUAUUAAAACAUUUCCUAGCUACUUCAUGAGUGUUUCCCAUCAGUAUUAUUAAAACAUUUCCCAGCUACUUCAUGAAUGUUCCCCAUCGGUAUUAUUAAAACAAUUCCUUUUCUACUUCAUGAAUGUUCCAUCUGUAUUAUAAAAACAUUUCCUAGCUACUUCAUGAAUGUUCCCAUCAGUAUUAUUAAAACAUUUCCUAGCUACUUCAUGAGUGUUUCCCAUCAGUAUUAUUAAAACAUUUCCUAGCUACUUCAUGGAUCUUCUAUCUGUAUUAUUAAAACAUUUCCUAGCUACUUCAUGAAUGUCCCCAUUGGUAUUAUUAAAACAUUUCCUAGCUACUUCAUGAAUGUUCUCAUCUAUAUUAUUAAAACAUUUCCUAUCUACUUCAUGAAUGUUCUAUCUGUAUUAUUAAAACAUUUCCUAGGUACUUCAUGAAUGUUCCAUCGGUAUUAUUAAAACAUUUCCUAGCUACUUCA